UGUGUGUGUGUUCUGUAUGUAAUGCAUCAGAAGAAAUCUGAAGUUCAAAUCGGAAAAGAAAGCAGUGGCAUCUCUUCCGAUUUCAACCCUACGCCCCCACUUCUCUUCCCCACUCCUUCAAUUCACCAGAAACAUCUUCAACAAUCACAUGAUUAUUACCCAAUUCCCCAACCCCUUCUUUCUUCGGCGUUUGCUUCAUCAUCAUCUGGCACGAACCUUCAAAUUCUCAUAAAUGAAAACGACCCAGUUGCCCCUACCCCAUCACCAACCCCUAAAGCUACUCCUCACAAGAGACCCCUUUUGGCACAAACCACAACAAAUCCAUCUUCCAAUUCUCUCUCUAAAUCGCCCACUUUGUCCAAUUCUCUUCACCAGUACCCAUUUUCCUCAACAAAACCGUUGAAAUCUUCUGGCCCACCCUCGAAAACUCCGUUCAAAACCCACUAUUCUUCUUGGUUUCUGAGCACCACAUCGACCAAAGCGGCAGCCUAUCACCUCCUUGGCCGCGUCCGCCACCUUCGUCGCCUCCGUAUCCACCUUCGCCUCAUUCUCUUGUUAUCUCUCCCAUUCUUCUACUUCCUGGUUUCGCAUCCAAGCCACUCUUUUGUCCUUGAUUUCCUCUCCGCUUUCGCCUUUUCUGCGGCACUGCUAUUCUCUCUCAAUCUUGCUCUUCCUCGCCUUCCUUCAAUUCGGCUAUUUCUUGCUCGUUCUUUCCCAAUUAAGCUCUCUGCGUCAACCCAAUUGUCUAGACCGCCAUUGCCGGUGUUUUGGCCGAUUGGGUCAAGGCCAAAAUUAGAGAAAAGGGUGAAUUCAGGGUGUUGGGUACAGGCAUACAGUAAUGGGGAUGUCUAUGAGGGUGAGUUUCAUAAGGGGAAGUGUUCGGGUAGUGGAGUUUAUUACUAUUACAUGAGUGGGAGGUAUGAAGGUGAUUGGGUUGAUGGAAAGUAUGAUGGGUAUGGGGUGGAGACAUGGGCGAGAGGAAGCCGGUAUCGCGGGCAAUAUAGGCAAGGUCUUAGACAUGGGUUUGGGGUGUAUAGGUUUUAUACUGGGGAUGUUUAUGCUGGUGAAUGGUCCAAUGGACAGAGUCAUGGGUGUGGUGUUCAUACUUGUGAGGAUGGUAGCCGGUAUGUGGGAGAAUUCAAGUGGGGAGUCAAGCAUGGGCUUGGCCAUUACCAUUUCAGGAAUGGGGAUACAUAUGCUGGAGAGUAUUUUGCGGACAAGAUGCAUGGGUUUGGAGUGUAUCGUUUUGCGAAUGGGCAACAGUAUGAAGGAGCCUGGCAUGAAGGUAGAAGGCAGGGGCUUGGCAUGUACACUUUCAGAAAUGGAGAGACUCAAUCUGGGCACUGGAAAAAUGGGAUUCUCGAUGUUCCAAGCACCCAGAACAACCUCUAUCCUGUAUCUCCUGUCGCUGUUUAUCAUUCCAAAGUGCUGAAUGCAGUUCAGGAAGCACGACGAGCAGCAGAGAAAUCCUAUGAUGUGGCUAAGGUGGAUGAAAGAGUAAACAGGGCAGUUGCUGCAGCUAACAGGGCAGCCAAUGCAGCUAGAGUAGCAGCGGUAAAGGGUGUACAAAAAUAA